UGGGGUGGUGAUGGGGCCGCCCCACAGGACGGCUGCCACAACCACAUCCGUGUGCUGCUGCCACGUGAUGCCCGGACCCUCUUUGUCUGUGGGACCAACGCCUUCAGCCCCGUGUGCCGCACCUACCAGACGCUGACCCUACAGCAGGAGGGUGAGGAGCUGCCUGGACAGGCUCGCUGCCCCUUUGACGCACGGCAGAGCAUCGCAGCCACUUUUGCUGAUGACCGUCUGUACUCCGCUACCGUGGCGGACUUCCAGGCGAGCGAUGCCGUCAUCUACCGCAGCGUGCGUGGCCCGGCGCUGCGCAGCAUCAAGUACAGCUCCCGCUGGUUGAGGGAGCCGCACUUCGUCCACGCGAUGCCCCACGGAGCACACGUCUAUUUCUUCUUCCGGGAGAUGGCGGCGGAGCUGGGGCUGCCGGGGAAGGUGGGGCAUUCAUAACUAUGGCUCCAUGGGAGCAACUCCGACCCCAAGGUCCUGGAGCGGCGCUGGACGUCUUUCCUGAAGAAGCGGCUGCAGUGCGCCGUGCCCGGCGACGUCCCCUUCCACUUCGAUGUCCUCGAGGCCGUCACUGCGCCCCACACUCUGCACGGACGGCCUGCGGUGCUGGCGGUGUUUGGGACACAGCGCAACAGCAUCCCGGGUUCGGCCGUCUGCGCCUUCUACCUGGCGGAUGUGGAACGCGCCUUUGAGGGACCCUUCGCCGACCCCCGCGGAGCCGCGGCCCCAUGGCCCCCAGUGCCCGAGCAGCGCGUGCCCCGGCCCAGACCCGGUUGCUGUGCAGGGAUGGGGUCGGCCGCUGCCGUUGUCACCUCUGGGGACAUUCCAGAUGAGACGCUGUCCUUUGCCAAAGAGCACCCACUGCUGCACGGGGUGGUGGCACCCGCCGGGGGACGGCCGCUCUUCACCCAAACCGGCACCAGGCUGACACAGCUGGCAGUGGAUGUGGGCGCGGGGCCGCGGGGGAACCACACGGUGCUGUUUGUGGGGUCGGAGGACGGGCGGGUGCUGAAGGUGCUGACGGCCGCACGACGCCCCGGGGACAACGGGCAGCACGGUGACACUGCGGGACACGGAGAUGAAAAUGGGGACAACAACGGGGAUGGUGACACUGAGGCGGUGCUGCUGGAGGAGAUCAGGCUGUAUGAGGCUGGGAGGUGGGUGCUAUGGGGUCAUGUGGGGCAUUGAUGGGGGCUCUGUGGGUGCUAU